AUGUCACCAAAAAGUCUCAAUUCUGAUGCCAAUCAACUACUUGACAAAAAAAUACAAUCUCACUAUUACAUGGCACCAGGGGAGUUGGAUGAGUUAGUAAAGAUAGGCGGAGUACCAAGAGAUGUUCUGGCAUUUCCAACAGCUAUAUUAUCCCAAAACCCAAAUGAUCUGGAUACUGCAGAGAAGAAAGCAUAUUCUCAUGUCAAGAAGGCUAUUGAAGAUGUCAAUGAUGCAACAUUCCUGCGAUUGAUUGCUCAGGCAAAGGAUUCUAGUGGCCAUCUACUCCAUUGCUGGCCUAAGGAUGAUAUAAUAUAG